UUGGAUUUUAUUUUUUUUGCGAAACCAAACCUAUGAUUGAAAAUUACCAGCACAUAAAUCAUCAUCUUGAAAUUUCACUAACAUCCAAGGUCGUUUGGUAUGAAAUCGGACCACCUACAUUUUAACAUGUUUUAAGCCCAAACGGUCUUGGAUUUUUAUGAAAUUGUAGGAUGGUGGUCUAUGUUAGUAACUUUCAAUUCUACGGGUAGGCUUUGCAAAAAGAAAAUUAAUCCAAUGAAAGGUAAAUAUGAAAGUCUAAGAUUUUUUGUAUGAAAAAAUUGUUAUCCCCAACUCCAAGUCCUAUCCGCGGGAAUGGGUUCUGAUGGAGCUGCAAGCAUUGUACACUUCUGCAUAAUCUUUUUCGGAGUCACAGAUAGAGCAACCUUGAGGAGGAGGGGGGGAGGUAGCCUGCCUCAAUCAGUUGAGGGUGGGGCUUCUGUGGAUAGUAUGCUAGGAUGUUUGACCACUAAGGAUGAAGUGGAAAAAAUAAGUGCGUGUGUGUGUAUUAAAAUAACAUUUGAGGGAAUUGAUCCCAAAUCAAAGAUGGCAGAGCAGAAAGCAAAGGCAUGGAAAGCGGCAUCCUCAAAGCCUCCCGUAAGCGUCCUGCCUUACCAGACACCAAUGUUAAAGGAGCAUUACACCCUGGGGAAGAAGCUGGGCCACGGCCAAUUCGGGACGACCUACGUGUGCACGGAGAGAGCCACCGGGCUUGAAUACGCCUGCAAAUCCAUCCCAAAGAGGAAGCUGCUGUGCAAAGAGGAUUACGAGGACGUGUGGAGGGAGAUCCAGAUCAUGCAUCAUUUGUCCGAGAACCCACACGUUGUUCGGAUCAAGGGAACGUACGAAGACGACACGACCGUUCACCUUGUCAUGGAGGUCUGCAGGGGCGGGGAGCUGUUCGACCGCAUCGUGUCCAAGGGCCACUUCAGCGAGCGAAAGGCUGCUGAGUUGAUGAAGACCAUUGUUGGGGUAGUAGAGGGGUGCCAUUCUCUUGGGGUCAUGCAUAGGGAUCUCAAGCCUGAGAACUUCCUGUUUGAUACCCCAGAUGAGGAUGCAAAGCUCAAGGCCACCGAUUUCGGCCUCUCUGUCUUCUACAAGCCCGGUCAGUAUCUUUCUGAUGUGGUAGGCAGCCCCUACUAUGUUGCUCCUGAGGUGCUGCACAAAUUUUAUGGACCCGAAAUCGAUGUAUGGAGUGCUGGUGUUAUCCUUUACAUCUUAUUGUGUGGGGUUCCACCUUUUUGGGCUGAAACCGACAAUGGCAUCUUUAAGCAGAUCAUGAAAGGGAAAAUAGAUUUUGAAUCCGAACCUUGGCCUUCCAUUUCGGAGAGCGCAAAGGAUUUGAUAAAAAAGAUGCUCCAACGCGAUCCCCGACAACGAAUAACUGCACAUCAAGUCUUAUGCCAUCCUUGGAUCGUGGACGACACAGUUGCACCAGACAGGCCUUUGGGCUCGGCAGUUUUGACACGCCUAAAGCAAUUCUCUGCCAUGAACAAACUUAAAAAGAUGGCAUUGCGUGUCAUAGCAGAAAGGCUCUCAGAAGAAGAAAUAGGAGGGCUAAGACAGUUGUUCAAAAUGAUUGACGCAGAUGGGAAUGGGACCAUCACAUUUGAAGAACUCAAACAGAGUUUGAAAAGAGUCGGGUCUGAGCUGAUGGAGUCUGAAAUCCGUGAUCUGAUGAAUGGGGCAGACAUUGACAACAAUGGGUCUAUCGACUACGGUGAAUUUCUGGCAGCCACUUUACACUUGAAUAAGAUGGAAAAAGAGGAAAACUUGCUUGCAGCUUUCUCAUACUUUGACAAAGAUGCUAGUGGCUACAUAACCAUUGAUGAGCUUCAACAGGCGUGCAAAGACUUUGGUUUCGCCGACGCUUCUUUGGAUGAAAUUAUCAAAGAAAUUGAUACAGACAAUGAUGGGCGAAUCGACUAUGGGGAAUUUGCCACAAUGAUGAGAAAGGGAAACAGAGGAAUGAGUACGAGAGGCAAUUUGAAUUUUAACAUUGCAGACGCCUUCGAAUCAAUGGAAGGGUGUUCUUCCGGCCCUUCGUGUAGUUAACUUUGCUCUUGCUCUCAAUUAUACUACGUAUUAAUUGUUAACCCGUAUGUGUCUAAAAUGAUACUCCGUAAUAAUUAUAUUAAAUUAAAUAUUUGUAAAAUACUGUACAAGAUAGCUUAUUAAAUUGAAACUUCAAUG